AUGGCACUCGUUGAUUAUGCAUCUUCUUCAGAUGAUGACGAGCCUCAAAUCGAAGCAGAUCAAGAACAAGAACAAACAAAAGGACCAGAAGAGAAACGAUUCCGGUGUCAGGACAAUCAUUCAACCCACAGUCGCAAGAGUUCAGGGUUGUCAUUGAGUAAACAAACAGAAAAAAUUCCUAAUCAGCCAGAGUCGUCUGGACUGAAACUUCCUGAUGCCUCACUCCUCUUGGAUUCACCUGCUUUGCCAUCUCAUCUUGUGACUGCUUCAGAGCACUCAUCUCGAGUUGUAGCUGCAAUGGCUGAAAGCACAUCUCGGAAGAGAGCCUUAAAUUGUGCACCUGCCAGUAAUUUACGUAGUAAAGUCCCAAAGGGAACUUUGGCUCAUUCCAUGAAUGCUCCAGAUACAGUAGGUGGCCAUUUACUUCCACCUCAGCUUACUGGGAGGAAAAACGUUGUUACAGAGGACAUAAGCAAGCUCUUUGUAAGAAGGCAUGCCAAUACUUGA